AUGCAAGGCGAGGAUGUGGAUGAGACGAACCCAUCGGGAUGGUAUGUCCCAGUUAUCGUAUCGAACGGGAGAGAAGACAAGGACAAAGCCGGGAACCCAUCGAUUGUGUUCGAUUGCAUCUAUCACACCUCCGUGAAAUCACGUACAUUGUGCGACCCCGAGUUCAAGAUCUUCCUCGUCGAACUCGCCCUGCAGCGGAUCGAAGCACAAACGGGCCUCAGCCUCUCAAGGAAUAUCGCCACGCCCAACAUCGCAAGCAAGGGCAAGCUUCUGCCCCGCACGGUGCAGAUCCCUGCAUCUUUGCUCCACAUCUCCGGACGGGGCGGAACGGCGACAUCUCCCUCUGUGCCCGCGUCAAGCUCAAGUUCUCGUGCAGGGGCAGGUGUUGGUGCAGGGCCUGGCGUGAUCAGCUCAACGGGCGCCAGUCAUAGUACCUUGAAGUCCCCGCUAAUCCAAGAGAUCCCUGCCUCCGGUCCUUCGAAUACACGUCCUUCAGUAUCAGAUCCACAAGCAAAUGCAAGCGCGCCUGCUAUUGCUGCACCCAGAAAACCCAAGUCAGGAGGCUCCCUCCCAGGUCUCAGAGGAAUUCUGAAGAAUGCUGGCGCCCCGACGUCUAACGCUACCCCCGCGAAAACUCCCUCUACCUCCUCUGCAGCUCAAGCAUCUACACCAAAACCAAAUUCCGUUCCUAACCAGCCCGCGUCAUCUCUAGCAUCAAAGUUAACGACGACGACGUCAGAUGACGGUGGCGCCGCUGCGCCGCUGGACUGGUCCUGGACGAAAGAUAACACGGGCCGCCUGAGGAUCGAGGUGCGCGUCCCGGGGCUGACACACGCCCUCAUCGAAUCAUCCACGCUCGACGUCGAGCUCCGGCGGUUCACUUUAUCCGUCUCUCCUACCUCCUCUUUUCCCCGACGCACGGUGGACGUUGACCUCGCGCUAUCUGACGCCGACAUCCUCUCGCGCCUACCCCCCUCCCAAUCCAACACCUCGCGCGUGCUUGAGCUGAAACGCGAGCGGGACUUUGACGUCGACGGCGCGAGGGCAGAGUGGGUCGUUGGGAGUGGAGUGGUGAACAUUUGGGUCUGA